AUGGGUAAAAUUGAAUACUUCAUCGUCGAAUUUUAUGGAGGCAAGACAACGUUUUACCCCGGUGAGGCACUGAAUGGUACUCUACGUGUGAAGGUCAACAAGGAGUUAAAACUGCGAGGCAUUCGACUCGAGUUCCAUGGCAAAGCACACAUUCAUUGGUCUGAAACGACAGGAUCUGGCGAGCAUAGAAGGACAAGACAUUACAGUAACAGUGAAACGUACAUCAACACUAUGGCGACGUUGUUUGGCAAAGGUCCAAAUGAGAGUGGUGACGAUCCAGUUCUGCAGCCAGGGGAAUACUCUUACCCCUUCCAAUUUCUCAUUCCAAAUCAAAAUAUGCCAACAUCAGUUGAAGCAAAUCAUGGCUAUGUCCGAUACUGGCUCAAGGGAAUUAUUGAUCGCCCAUGGAGAUUUGACUUCACAACAAAGGCAGCAUUCACCAUGAUUGAGUUUGUUGACAUCAACACAUUACCUCUCCUGCAACCCUGUCAGAUGGCUGAAAAUCGUGAUGUGGGAUGCCUGUGUUGUAAGUCUGGUCCUCUCAGUAUUACACUCUAUACCGACAGGGGUGGGUACUGUCCUGGUGAGUCUAUUGGAGUCUCAGCUGUCAUCAGUAAUAAUUCAAAUAAUGAAAUUAUUGGUCUGGAGUUCCAACUUAUUCAAGCCAUCAUUUAUAUUGCCUCAUGUGGAAAGCAAAGGCAUGGUGAGGAAAAGGUUGCAAGCAUGUUUCAGGAAGGAGUGAAGCCUGGUGAAGAGUCUCGUUUACCAAUGCUGGCAUUUACAAUUCCAUCAUUACCACCAUCCACAUUAAGUUGUCAUUGUUUGAGGCUGUCGUAUGUCCUGAGGCUGAAAGUCAGAGUGAAGGGUGCCUUCAAUUCAAAUGUGAAUAUCCCAAUCACUCUUGGUUCUGUGCCAUACAGACCACCCAUGCCACCACAGUAUCCCCCACCUGCCGCACCUAAUUUUGUUGGUCCACCACAACCCUUGGCAGGCUUUAGUGGUAUGGCAGGUUACCCUGAGGCUUCUCAGCUUGGUGAAGGCUCACAGCCUUAUCCAAAUAUAGCUCCUCCAUCUUAUGCAGAAUCUGUCAGAGGAGGAACGUCGAUAAAUGACGAUGGUGACUCUGGGAAGGCUCUGGGUAACAAUACGUUCACACCGAUGUACCCGUUUGUUUAUAACUAUCAGUUCCCUUCUGCUCCGCCGGCGCCAUUUCCUCAAGAUCCUGCAACUAAAUCGACAUUUUAG